AUGAUUUUCUUCGGAGGCUCCGGUCUGACCUUCCCUCUCUGGACUCUGAGUGCUCCUUUCAGUCUGUUACUGUGGACGCUUGUCGAAGGUCAGUACCGUGUGAGCUCUUCUUCUCAGCCAAUCACGGCUUCCCCUGGUGACGAUGUCAUCCUGCGGUGUCAUGUGAAACCUGAAUAUAACAUCCGGGCGCUGACCAUAGAGUGGUCCAGGUCGGGCACCUUGGAUCGGCCGUGGGAGGUGGAGGGGGAGGAGGAGGACUAUGUCCACCUGUACAGGAACCAGAAGGACAACGAGGACGGCAAGAUCCGGGCGUACAUCAACAGGACCGACCUGUUGAAGGACUCGCUGCGACACGGGAACGUUUCACUGAAGAUAAAGAAUGUGACGGUGGACGAUCAGGGAACUUACCGAUGUUUCAUCCCCAAACUGAGCAGCAGAGUGUGGAGAGGGAGAGAGGCGUUUGUUACGCUCAAAGUUCUCGAGCCAAACGUUGGAAGGACAACAGAGUCAUCGCUGGACCUGACGACUCCAGAACCAAUCGAUCAGAUCAAUGUCCAAAGUGACCGACACCGUCACUUCCUCUGGAUCUCUGUUGUGACUGUCUGCUUCAUAGCAAUCCUGGGAGGUGUAGUCUUAACUUUACUCAAACUAAAGUGUGGAGAACAAAAUGUAAAACAGACAGAGGAAAAAAGCAUCCUUCAAAGAAAAGCACUUUCAGAGCUUCUCUUAGGUCGCCCUCGUCCGUUCAGAGAUUCAACCCAACAGGAUCAUCAGGAAACUCUGUAUGAUGGAGACAGACCUCCAUCAGAGAAAAUGCUCUCCUGGAGAUCCUUCAGUCGGCCGAGUCGAACCCUUGCAGAGUCCGGAUAAAGACGACUUUGAAGGAACAGAUUUUCCAUCUGAACACAUUUUUUUUUUUUUUUAGACUUUAAAAAAAGAGGGACCGCUCCAGACCUCUAAAUCCUUUCCAAGAUUCUGAGGAUCUUAUCGGCUGCAGGAUUAUCUCUCUGUGUCUCAGGAGAACCUUUAUUUAUUUAGCGUAGGAGAAAGAACUUCACAGUUUACACCUCGUCAAUCGAUCCUCAACAAGAGACGACGACGACGACGACGACGACGACGACGACGACGACGACGACGACGACGACGACUUCACCCGACCUCAAAAGGACCCAGAAUGGAUUUCAUUUUUUAUGUUAUUUAUCCAAAUCUUUAUUUUCUGGUCUGCUCAGAUUCAUCUUCUUCAACAGAGGAGCUAUGUGCCAUAUGUUGUGUUCCUAAAUGAUGUCUCCAUAAGCUUUGGAAAUUUCUGUUAAAGAUAAAAUGAACGUUGUUGGAAAACUCUCAAGUGACCAUAAAACCAAACGGCAGCUGUUUAAUAGCGUGAUUUAUUCUGGGCCUUUUCCAGUUGUUGCACUGAAACACUGAUAUUGAAUUAUAAGCUCAGCCGUUAAACAAACAUGAUGUUUAGUUACAGUUUAUCUGUGUUAGCUAUGUUAGCGUGUUAUGCUAAUGUUACGCCACUUGUUUACGUUCCACGCUCGACAAAAAGUUCAAUCAGUGGAUUAAAAGAAACGUAUUUUCCAAAUGUUCCGACAGUUUAACAGUUGAAUGUGUUUCAUUAGUCAACGUGUCAGAUCCUCAGGUCUUAUACUGAAGAUUUAUAUGAGGGGGCGUGGCCUGAUUCAGGGCACUACGUCUGUUUAUAUUUAAACUUCCACCGCAUGAAGCUGUGGCUUCGCUCUGAAUGUCUGUCAUUUAUUAUUUAUGCAUGUUGCCUCAUUAAAGCUGCUGUUUCUGAAUAAAUAGAUGUUCUAAAUAAA